AUGAAUACACUAUUAGUCCUAGCCGCCCUGGUGGCGGCUGCUUUUGCAGUACCAGCAAACCGUCAUUUCGUAGCUGGACCUGCCUUUGUAGAAGACAAUGACAUCUCCGUUGGACCUGCUGUCAUCAAGCCAGAAGACAUUUCUGUUGGACCUGCUGUCAUCAAGCCAGAAGACAUAGCCGUUGGACCAGCUCUAGUUGACCAAGGAGACAUCUCUGUCGGACCAGCUUUCGUAGACCACGAAGACAUCUCUGUUGGACCCGCUGUCAUCAAGCCAGAAGACAUCGCCGUUGGACCAGCUCUAGUUGACCAAGGAGAUAUCUCUGUCGGACCAGCUUUCGUAGACCACGAAGACAUCUCUGUUGGACCCGCUGUCAUCAGGCCAGAAGACAUCGCCGUUGGACCAGCUCUGGUUGACCAAGGAGACAUCUCUGUCGGACCAGCUUUCGUAGACCAUGAAGAUAUCUCUGUUGGACCCGCUGUCAUCAAGCCGGAAGACAUCGCCGUUGGACCAGCUCUAGUUGACCAAGGAGACAUCUCUGUCGGACCAGCUUUCGUAGACCACGAAGACAUCUCUGUUGGACCCGCUGUCAUCAAGCCAGAAGAUAUUUCUGUUGGACCUGCUGUCAUCAAGCCAGAAGACAUAGCCGUUGGACCAGCUCUAGUUGACCAAGGAGACAUCUCUGUCGGACCAGCUUUCGUAGACCACGAAGACAUCUCUGUUGGACCCGCUGUCAUCAAGCCAGAAGACAUCGCCGUUGGACCAGCUCUAGUUGACCAAGGAGAUAUCUCUGUCGGACCAGCUUUCGUAGACCACGAAGACAUCUCUGUUGGACCCGCUGUCAUCAGGCCAGAAGACAUCGCCGUUGGACCAGCUCUGGUUGACCAAGGAGACAUCUCUGUCGGACCAGCUUUCGUAGACCAUGAAGAUAUCUCUGUUGGAUCCGCUGUCAUCAAGCCGGAAGACAUCGCCGUUGGACCAGCUCUAGUUGACCAAGGAGACAUCUCUGUCGGACCAGCUUUCGUAGACCACGAAGACAUCUCUGUUGGACCCGCUGUCAUCAAGCCAGAAGAUAUUUCUGUUGGACCUGCUGUCAUCAAGCCAGAAGACAUCGCUGUUGGACCAGCUCUAGUUGACCAAGGAGAUAUCUCUGUCGGACCAGCUUUCGUAGACCACGAAGACAUCUCUGUUGGACCCGCUGUCAUCAAGCCAGAAGACAUCGCCGUUGGACCAGCUCUAGUUGACCAAGGAGACAUCUCUGUCGGACCAGCUUUCGUAGACCACGAAGACAUCUCUGUUGGACCCGCUGUCAUCAAGCCAGAAGACAUAGCCGUUGGACCAGCUCUAGUUGACCAAGGAGACAUCUCUGUCGGACCAGCUUUCGUAGACCACGAAGACAUCUCUGUUGGACCCGCUGUCAUCAAGCCAGAAGACAUCGACGUUGGACCAGCUCUAGUUGACCAAGGAGACAUCUCUGUCGGACCAGCUUUCGUAGACCACGAAGACAUCUCUGUUGGACCCGCUGUCAUCAAGCCAGAAGACAUCGCCGUUGGACCAGCUCUGGUUGACCAAGGAGACAUCUCUGUCGGACCAGCUUUCGUAGACCAUGAAGAUAUCUCUGUCGGACCAGCUUUCGUAGACCACGAAGACAUUUCUGUUGGACCUGCUGUCAUCAAGCCAGAAGACAUAGCCGUUGGACCAGCUCUAGUUGACCAAGGAGACAUCUCUGUCGGACCAGCUUUCGUAGACCAAGAAGACAUCUCUGUUGGACCCGCUGUCAUCAAGCCAGAAGACAUCGCCGUUGGACCAGCUCUGGUUGACCAAGGAGACAUCUCUGUCGGACCAGCUUUCGUAGACCAUGAAGAUAUCUCUGUCGGACCAGCUUUCGUAGACCACGAAGACAUUUCUGUUGGACCUGCUGUCAUCAAGCCAGAAGACAUAGCCGUUGGACCAGCUCUAGUUGACCAAGGAGACAUCUCUGUCGGACCAGCUUUCGUAGACCAAGAAGACAUCUCUGUUGGACCCGCUGUCAUCAAGCCAGAAGACAUCGCUGUUGGACCAGCUCUGGUUGACCAAGGAGACAUCUCUGUCGGACCAGCUUUCGUAGACCACGAAGACAUCUCUGUUGGACCUGCUGUCAUCAAGCCAGAAGACAUUUCUGUUGGACCUGCUGUCAUCAAGCCAGAAGACAUCGCUGUUGGACCAGCUCUAGUUGACCAAGGAGAUAUCUCUGUCGGACCAGCUUUCGUAGACCACGAAGACAUCUCUGUUGGACCCGCUGUCAUCAAGCCAGAAGACAUCGCCGUUGGACCAGCUCUAGUUGACCAAGGAGACAUCUCUGUCGGACCAGCUUUCGUAGACCACGAAGACAUAACUGUUGGACCCGCUGUUAUCAAGCCAGAAGACAUAGCCGUUGGACCAGCUCUAGUUGACCAAGGAGACAUCUCUGUCGGACCAGCUUUCGUAGACCACGAAGACAUCUCUGUUGGACCCGCCGUCAUCAAGCCAGAAGACAUUUCUGUUGGACCUGCUGUCAUCAAGCCAGAAGACAUAGCUGUUGGACCAGCUCUAGUUGACCAAGGAGACAUCUCUGUCGGACCAGCUUUAGUAGACCACGAAGACAUCUCUGUUGGACCCGCUGUCAUCAAGCCAGAAGAUAUCGCCGUUGGACCAGCUCUAGUUGACCAAGGAGAUAUCUCUGUCGGACCAGCUUUUGUAGACCACGAAGACAUCUCUGUUGGACCCGCUGUCAUCAAGCCAGAAGACAUUUCUGUUGGACCUGCUGUCAUCAAGCCAGAAGACAUCGCCGUUGGACCAGCUCUAGUUGACCAAGGAGACAUCUCUGUCGGACCAGCUUUCGUAGACCACGAAGACAUCUCUGUUGGACCCGCUGUCAUCAAGCCAGAAGACAUCGCCGUUGGACCAGCUCUAGUUGACCAAGGAGACAUCUCUGUCGGACCAGCUUUCGUAGACCACGAAGACAUCUCUGUUGGACCUGCUGUCAUCAAGCCAGAAGACAUCGCCGUUGGACCAGCUUUCGUAGACCACGAAGACAUCUCUGUUGGACCCGCUGUCAUCAAGCCAGAAGACAUUUCUGUUGGACCUGCUGUCAUCAAGCCAGAAGACAUCGCCGUUGGACCAGCUCUAGUUGACCAAGGAGACAUCUCUGUCGGACCAGCUUUCGUAGACCACGAAGACAUCUCUGUUGGACCUGCUGUCAUCAAGCCAGAAGACAUUUCUGUUGGACCUGCUGUCAUCAAGCCAGAAGACAUCGCCGUUGGACCAGCUCUAGUUGACCAAGGAGACAUCUCUGUCGGACCAGCUUUCGUAGACCACGAAGACAUCUCUGUUGGACCCGCUGUCAUCAAGCCAGAAGACAUCGCCGUUGGACCAGCUCUAGUUGACCAAGGAGACAUCUCUGUCGGACCAGCUUUCGUAGACCACGAAGACAUCUCUGUUGGACCCGCUGUCAUCAAGCCAGAAGACAUCGCCGUUGGACCAGCUCUAGUUGACCAAGGAGACAUCUCUGUCGGACCAGCUUUCGUAGACCACGAAGACAUCUCUGUUGGACCCGCUGUCAUCAAGCCAGAAGACAUCGCCGUUGGACCAGCUCUAGUUGACCAAGGAGACAUCUCUGUCGGACCAGCUUUCGUAGACCACGAAGACAUCUCUGUUGGACCUGCUGUCAUCAAGCCAGAAGACAUCGCCGUUGGACCAGCUUUCGUAGACCACGAAGACAUCUCUGUUGGACCCGCUGUCAUCAAGCCAGAAGACAUUUCUGUUGGACCUGCUGUCAUCAAGCCAGAAGACAUCGCCGUUGGACCAGCUCUAGUUGACCAAGGAGACAUCUCUGUCGGACCAGCUUUCGUAGACCACGAAGACAUCUCUGUUGGACCUGCUGUCAUCAAGCCAGAAGACAUCGCCGUUGGACCAGCUCUAGUUGACCAAGGAGACAUCUCUGUCGGACCAGCUUUCGUAGACCACGAAGACAUCUCUGUUGGACCCGCUGUCAUCAAGCCAGAAGACAUCGCCGUUGGACCAGCUCUAGUUGACCAAGGAGACAUCUCUGUCGGACCAGCUUUCGUAGACCACGAAGACAUCUCUGUUGGACCCGCUGUCAUCAAGCCAGAAGACAUCGCCGUUGGACCAGCUCUAGUUGACCAAGGAGACAUCUCUGUCGGACCAGCUUUCGUAGACCACGAAGACAUCUCUGUUGGACCUGCUGUCAUCAAGCCAGAAGACAUCGCCGUUGGACCAGCUUUCGUAGACCACGAAGACAUCUCUGUUGGACCCGCUGUCAUCAAACCAGAAGACAUCGCUGUUGGACCAGCUCUAGUUGACCAAGAAGACAUCUCUGUCGGACCAGCUUUGGUGGAUAGCGAAGAUAGCGAAAGCAAUGCGCCAUUCCUCAUCAAAGUUUUCCUUAACGUAAUUUACGCCUAA